AUGAGUUCUGAAAACCUCUAUACCCUAUUAUCAGAGCUUAAUGCUGGAGAUCCCGUGCAGGAUGAUGAAGAACUUGACGACCCGGACUGGGAUGAGCAUAGUGCGGACUCAUCUGAUGACGAAGACGAAGACACUGACAAUACACCUGGGCGCCAACGAGAGCCGAGUGAUCCACCGCACAAGAUUCGCACACGCAACUUCAAGGACAUAGAAGCAGAAUAUGUAUGA